CCUGAACUGGUAAUUCUCCUGCCUCAGCCUCAGGGGUUCAUGUGUGUGCCACUAGGAGUCCGGGUUGUUUUGUUCCUCUCUGUCUUUCCGUUGUGACUUUCCACCUGCUGACCUUUCAGAUCUGGAACACCAUUCGACCUGUGGCCCCAGCUCGGAGAUGCGCGUGGCGUCGCCGCUUUAAGGGACCGGCCUUUUGUUUCCAUGACCUCGCCCCGCCCCUCUGAAGGCUCAGUUGCGCCUGCGCCUCGAGCUUGAGCACUGGGGUUGGGCAGAACCAGGUUCCGUGCAACUUUCAAGUGAGUUACAAACUCCGCCCCGGACACUGGUGCAGGUGGUCCGCCACCCCAGGACCCCGGUGGCCCGGGAGAGCGGAGAUCGGGACCUGCCAUCCCGACCCGGGACUAGCAGCGGCGCCCUCAACGGGCGAAAUCGCGGUUCUCCGCGGCAGGAGUCGUUGGACUGAGCCGCCAGGAUUCUGCGGCGCGGGGCGGAGGAACGUGUCCGCCCUCCCAGCUCCCAAGUCGGCUUCCUCUUCAAGGCCCUAAGUCCACUGGUUCCGGGUUCUCCAGACUCCUCGCACUACGGGGUCGGGGUCAGGGCUGAUGGUUUCUGCCUACACCGAGGGACAGGUGUACCGCAGCACCACUUGGCUCCUGCCCCCAGUUCCUGAGUGAGCGUCCCUCCGGUUGUCUCUUGGGGGCCAUCCCCAAGACUUUCAGGAUGGUGUCCUGGAUGAUCUGUCGCCUGGUGGUGCUCAUAUUUGGGAUGCUGUAUCCUGCAUAUGCUUCCUACAAGGCUGUGAAGAGCAAGAACAUUCGAGAAUAUGUCCGGUGGAUGAUGUACUGGAUCGUCUUUGCAAUCUUCAUGGCAGCAGAGACCUUCACGGACGUCUUCAUUUCCUGGUUCCCUUUUUACUAUGAGAUCAAGAUGGCCUUUGUGCUGUGGCUGCUCUCGCCUUACACCAAGGGGGCCAGCCUGCUUUACCGAAAGUUUGUUCACCCGUCCCUAUCCCGCCAUGAGAAGGAGAUUGAUGCGUGCAUUGUGCAGGCAAGGGAACGCAGCUACGAGACCAUGCUGAGUUUCGGGAAGCGGGGCCUCAACAUCGCUGCCUCGGCCGCUGUGCAGGCUGCUACCAAGAGUCAGGGCGCUCUAGCUGGAAGGCUGCGGAGCUUCUCCAUGCAAGACCUCCGCUCUAUCCCUGAUACCGCUGCCCCCACCUACCAAGAUCCUCUCUACCUGGAAGACCAGGUACCCCGACGCAGACCCCCGAUUGGGUACCAGGCGGGCGGCCUGCAAGAUAGUGACACAGAGGAAGAGUGUUGGUCAGACAACGAGGUAGCCCCCAAGCCACCUGUCCGGCCCCGAGAGAAACCUCUGAGCCGCAGCCAGAGCCUUCGGGUGGUCAGGAGGAAGCCAUUGGUGCGAGAGGGAACCUCGCGCUCCAUGAAGGUCAGAACCCGGAAAAAGACGAUGCCCUCGGACAUGGACAGCUAGAUUCUGCAGAGUCCAGCUUACCUCUCCAGCCAGCAGGGGACCUUUUGCUGCUACACCAGCUGCCUGGGCUCCGCCCCUUCUGACUUCUGCAGCUGCCUAAGGGGCACAUGGUGUGGUUCCUCAGCAUGGGGAUGCACCUACAAUAUACCAAAGCAGGCCAGACCCAGGGGCCUAUUUAUUGCCUUCCUCAACCUUUUCCCUUUCCAGACAUGGGACCAGAGCCCCACUAGUCCCUAUAGAUGAAAUCAAAAGUCCAACCAGUUGUGUUCAUUCCUUCUUGUCCUUCAAAGUACUUGACAGCCUUUCCCAAGGCCUGGUGUGCGUGUGUCCUACCUGUGCGUCUCAUGUUGGUGAGUGAGGUCAGGCUUGUGAAUGUUUUUAUAAAUAAACACCUACGGUG